UUUUAUAGCCUUUUUAAACAUAAACAUAACCUCCUCUUUUCGGGUAAUACUCGAGUUCUCCAAAUUUUUAGAUCUCUCUUGUAAACUAUACUACUCUUUCUCAUCUCCUUGGUGUGUUCAAUCCUUCUACGUACUAUGGCAUUUUUUCAAUAGUUUUCAAAGAAGAUAGAGGUGAUCAGGUGUGUGUCCGCUCAGUACGUGCGAUAAUUUCUCCAAAACUCCGACUGAAACAUUCAACAGGAGCAGGUGCAGGUGCAGAAGAGAAGAAAGAGAGAGAUUGAGAAAGAUGGCCGGGGAUCAGAUGCAGGUGCUGAACGCCCUGGACGUGGCGAAGACGCAGUGGUACCACUUCACGGCGAUCGUCAUCGCCGGCAUGGGCUUCUUCACCGACGCCUACGACCUCUUCUGCAUCUCCCUCGUCACCAAGCUCAUCGGCCGCGUCUACUACUACGUCCCGGGCUCGCCGUCCCCGGGCAAUCUCCCCCCUCGCGUCUCCUCCGCCGUCAAUGGCGUCGCCUUCGUCGGCACCCUCUCGGGCCAGCUCUUCUUCGGCUGGCUCGGCGACAAGCUCGGCCGCAAGAGCGUCUACGGCAUGACCCUCCUCCUCAUGAUCCUCUGCUCCGCCGCCUCCGGCCUCUCCUUCGGCCGCUCCCCCUCCACCGUCAUGUCCACGCUCUGCUUCUUCCGCUUCUGGCUCGGCUUCGGCAUCGGCGGCGACUACCCGCUCUCUGCCACCAUCAUGUCCGAGUACGCCAACAAGCGCACCCGCGGCGCCUUCAUCGCCGCCGUCUUCGCCAUGCAGGGCUUCGGCAUCCUCGCCGGGGGGAUGUCGGCCAUAGUCGUCUCCUACGCCUUCAAGCGCAGAUUCCCCGCCCCCGCCUACGCCGACGACCCAGCGGGCUCCACCGUGCCACAGGCCGACUACGUCUGGCGCCUCAUCCUCAUGUUCGGCUCCGUCCCAGCCGCCAUGACCUACUACUGGCGGAUGAAGAUGCCCGAGACCGCGCGGUACACCGCGCUCGUCGCGAAGAACGCCGAGCGUGCCGCCGCCGACAUGGCGAAGGUGCUGCAGGUCGACGUCGACAACGACCGACAACCGAAGACUACCGCCGCCGCCGCUGCCGUCGUCGGUGCGGUGCGGGCAGACGGCGGCAAAGACUUCGGGCUAUUCUCGAGGGAGUUCGUCCGGCGGCACGGGCUCCACCUGGUCGGCACGGCCAGCACGUGGCUGCUGCUUGACGUCGCCUACUACUCGCAGAACCUCUUCCAGAAGGACAUCUUCAGCGCCAUCGGCUGGAUCCCGGAGGCCGCGACGAUGAACGCGCUGGAAGAGCUCUACUACAUCGGGCGCGCGCAGACGCUCAUCGCCCUCUGCGGCACCGUCCCGGGCUACUGGUUCACCGUUGGCCUCAUCGACAUCCUCGGCCGGUUCACGAUCCAGGUCGUCGGCUUCUUCAUGAUGACGGCGUUCAUGCUCGGCCUCGCCGUGCCGUACCACCACUGGACCACCGAGGGCAACCACACCGGCUUCGUCGUCAUGUACGCCUUCACCUUCUUCUUCGCCAACUUCGGGCCCAACAGCACCACGUUCAUCGUGCCCGCCGAGAUAUUCCCCGCGAGGCUCCGCGCCACGUGCCACGGGAUCUCGGCGGCGUCGGGGAAGCUCGGGGCGAUCGUCGGCUCGUUCGGGUUCCUCUACCUGGCGCAGAGCCGGGACCCGGCGAAGACCGACCGCGGCUACCCCCCGGGGAUCGGCGUGCGCGACUCGCUCUUCCUGCUCGCCGCCUGCAGCUUCUGCGGCCUCGCCUUCACCUUCCUCGUGCCGGAGUCGAAGGGAAAGUCGCUCGAGGAGAUGUCCGGAGAGAUCAACGAGGAAGAGGUGUGAGAUCGAAGAAAAAAAAGAAAAAAUUUACGACCGAACACCACUCCACAGUGUGAUCACCGGGAUCACAACUGUCUCCGUCGCUUUAAAUUUCCAGCUAAUUAAUAAACUGAUCGAUGUUGUAUGCUCUCUUUCUUUUUCUUUUUUUUUUUAUAAAUAUAUGUUUUGGUUUUGUAAUUAGGAAUCCAUGAGCUCUCUCGGAAAGAAUGGCACGAAAGAGUACGUAACAUUAGAUAGCUUAUUAUGGUUUUCGUUUUUUCGGUUUGUAAUAUUUUAUGUCCGGAGCGUAUCAU